AUGGCUUUAUUGUAUGGUGCAGAUAAUGAACUGAAACAACAAAUAGCGAUUGGUCGAAGAGCAAAUAUAGAUGGUUUAGCCGAGGAGCAAGUUAAUGCCGAAUCAAGACUUUGUUUAAACUGCCAUCGUUCAAUUUUGCGUGAAGUUCAGAAUAUUGAAAAUAAUCCUGCCAGUAUGAGACUAAAUGUUUUGAAACAAACUUCAAUGCAAACCUGCCUUAUUUGCAAUUCAAUGGAUAACGUUCACAGAUUAUCUCUAAAAUGUAGAGUGGAUGUUUUUAUUCGUCAGAAUAUCUUUAUUCCAACCGGUACUAGAAGCUGCAAUCAUCAUUUAGAUGAAGAUGGCCUACUUUUGUCAUUCCUGCUUCCUGCCCUGCAAUUUAUUAAUCACCCAUAUUUAGUUCCGGGACCGGAACUGGUGAUUUUUUUGCAAGAAAUUCGCUCAAUUGCAAGGGGCGUUAACAAAUGGCUAUGCUGUGAGAAAGACCUCAACGAAGAGGAAUUCAGGAGUGUUGUUGGUUUAAGUAAAGAACAUUUUACCGAUUUAUACACAUUUUGUCAUCCUGUUCGUACUGAAAAUCUAGCAGAAAGAGAGACAAAAAAACUAAAAAGUAUAUUUUGGUGUAAGCUUCUAACUUCAAGAUGUGAUGAAGAACUGCAGGAUGCAAUCGAAUACGAAAAAGUUAAAUAUCCCUUCACUGUUCCACAAAUGAUGAAAGAAGCUGCAGCUAAGAGAGAAGAAAAAGACAAAAUGGCAAUGCAAAGGCAACAAGACAUCGCUAAGAAAAUGGAGAAAUUGGAACAGUGGAAGGAGGAAUUGCAUAGUAAGAUUGAGAAGAAGGAAAGUGAAGCUAUGCAGGCAAAGAUGCGUAAAGAUAGGUUAAUAGAAGAAGUAAGAAGGCACUUUGGUUACACAGUGGAUCCAAAAGAUGAUCGUUUCAAAGAACUAUUAGAAAAGAAAGAAAAGGAACAGAAGAAAGCGAUGAAAGAGGCUAGAAAGAAAGCAAAGGAAGAAAAGAUGGUUAAAAUGUUGCUCAAUAAAAAAGACAAAGCUACACAGGCUGAAGCAAAGAGUGAAGAAUAG